AUGAGAGUGGUAGACAUAAUUUCUGCAUUAGCAGCUAUUCAGCUCGUGGUCUGUCAAUCCAACUUCAGCGGAUCCGGGGAAUAUAACCUGCCAGCGGCUACGAGGAGCACCCCUUCACAAGACUCAAAACCUGACAGCAGCCAUCUUUCGAGGCUGGAAAGGCGAUUUGGAGAAUGGAUACUAAAGCGCGAUACCACGACAAUUGCGGAUGCAGUCACAUCGACCAUCGCUACUGAAAGUGUGGCCUCCGUGACGACCAGCAGUUCCGAUGCAACGACGACCUCAGAAUCCACCACUACCUCAAGCACCUCAGAAACCUCUUCAUCGUUCACGGAAACCACUACAGCAGCUACGACGACUUCAACAACAACUUCCAGUACCUCCAGCACCACCGCCACAACAUCCUCCUCAUCGACAUCCACCGCUGCCUCAACCACAACAACCCCAGCAACAACGACAACGACAACCUCAACUACCACGCCAACCGCCUCCGAAUCUGCCGAAUUAAAAGAAUGGAACCACCGCGGCACCAUCGCCGCUAUCGUCACCUUCAGCAUCCUCGGCUCCUUUCUUAUAGGCGCCUGUAUCGUUCGAUGCUUCCGCAAUCGGGUGAAGAAACGGCGCAUCGAGGCGAGGAAGCAACCUGAUCAAGAAUCUUCGCUCUCCAUGUUGGCCCCGACCCCCGGAAACGGGAAAUCAGCGAGCCGAUUGAAGGUGGAUCGGGAGUCGAUCAUGUUUUGCGAUGAGAGGAGCGUGCCGUCGUUGUCGGGGCAGUCGUAUUGGCAGGGGUCUGUGGGACAUUCGUCCAUGCCAUCGGAGGAUAUGGGUCGGUCGGUGAGUAGUGGGAGACAUACGUUGUUGGAUGUGAGGGGGCAGCAUGGGACAGCCGAGGUGUGA